AUGGGGCACUAUUAUUACCAUCUCUUGUUCCUAGGAUUUACUCUUCUACAAUCUUACAGUGUCUCGGGAUAUGGGCCAAAUCAAAGAGCACAAAAGAAGGGAGACAUUAUACUCGGAGGUCUUUUUCCAAUACACUUUGGAGUAGCUGUAAAGGAUCAAGACUUAAAAUCUAGACCAGAGGCAACUAAAUGUAUUAGGUACAACUUCAGAGGAUUCCGGUGGUUGCAGGCAAUGAUAUUUGCAAUUGAGGAAAUCAACAAUAGUAUGAAAUUUCUACCAAAUAUCACUCUCGGAUACAGGAUAUUUGAUACGUGCAACACUGUGUCCAAAGGCCUGGAAGCAACUCUAAGUUUUGUAGCCCAGAAUAAAAUUGACUCACUGAACUUGGAUGAGUUUUGUAACUGCUCUGAUCACAUCCCAUCGACAAUAGCAGUUGUGGGGGCAACGGGAUCUGGAAUUUCGACUGCAGUCGCCAAUCUGCUGGGGUUGUUUCACAUUCCACAGGUCAGCUAUGCCUCCUCAAGCAGGCGCUUAAGCAACAAGAACGAAUACAAGGCUUUCCUUCGCACAAUCCCAAAUGAUGAGCAACAGGCUACAGCCAUGGCUGAGAUUAUUGAGCAUUUUCAGUGGAAUUGGGUGGGCACUUUAGCCGCUGAUGACGAUUAUGGGCGUCCAGGGAUAGAUACAUUUCGGGAAGAAGCUGAAGAACGGGAUAUCUGCAUAGAUUUCAGUGAGAUUAUUUCUCAGUACUAUACCCAGAAACAGGUGGAACAGCUUGCAGAUAUCAUUCAGAAUUCCUCAGCCAGAGUGAUUGUUGUCUUCUCAAAUGGCCCUGACUUGGAACCACUGAUACAAGAGAUAGUUCGACGAAACAUCACUGGUAGAAUUUGGCUGGCAAGUGAAGCAUGGGCGAGUUCGUCAUUGAUAGCCAAACCGGAGUAUUUCCAUGUUGUUGGUGGAACCAUUGGAAUUGCACUCCAAGCAGGCCGCAUCCCAGGAUUCAAUGAGUUUUUAAAAAGAGUCCAUCCCAGCAGAUCGUCUGACAAUGGAUUUGUCAAGGAAUUUUGGGAAGAAACAUUUAACUGUUAUUUCACUGAUGAAUCCCUAACACAGCUAAAAAAUUCAAAAACACCAACCCAUGGAUUAGCAACACAGGAUGGCAAUGUUAAAGUGCAGCAUUCCACAAGGACAAGAUCAAGACCUCCAUGCACCGGAGAAGAGAAUAUCACGAGUGUGGAAACUCCUUAUCUGGAUUAUACUCACCUACGUAUUUCAUACAAUGUAUAUGUAGCAGUAUAUUCAAUUGCUCAUGCUCUGCAGGACAUCUAUGACUGCAAACCAGGAAAGGGUAUUUUUGCAAAUGGAUCAUGUCCCGAUAUAAAGAAAGUUGAAGCAUGGCAGGUUCUCAACCAUCUGCUGCAUUUGAAGUUUACAAACAGCAUGGGCGAGCAGGUUGAUUUUGAUGAUCAAGGUGACCUUAAAGGAAAUUAUACCAUUAUCAAUUGGCAGUUGUCCCAUGAGGAUGAAUCUGUAGUGUUUCAAGAAGUUGGCAACUACAAUGCAGAUGCUAAACCAAGUGAUAGACUCAACAUAAAUGAGAAGAGAAUCUUGUGGGGUGGUUUCUCAAAAGUGGUGCCUUUUUCAAACUGCAGUCGUGAUUGUGUGCCUGGCACCAGGAAGGGGAUAAUUGAAGGGGAGCCUACCUGCUGUUUUGAGUGUGUAGCAUGUGCAGAAGGAGAGUUUAGUGAUGAAAGUGAUGCAAGUGCAUGUACAAAAUGUCCCAAUGAUUUCUGGUCAAAUGAGAACCAUACGUCAUGCAUAGCCAAGGAGAUUGAAUACCUGUCAUGGAUUGAACCUUUUGGAAUUGCCCUGACAAUAUUUGCCAUUCUAGGAAUACUGAUGACUUCCUUUGUUUUAGGAGUAUUCAUUAAGUUCAGAAAUACUCCUAUUGUGAAAGCCACUAACAGAGAACUCUCCUAUCUCCUCCUCUUUUCCUUAAUCUGCUGUUUCUCCAGCUCAUUGAUCUUCAUUGGAGAACCUAAGGAUUGGACUUGUAGAUUGCGUCAACCCGCUUUUGGAAUCAGUUUCGUGCUGUGCAUUUCUUGCAUUCUGGUGAAAACAAAUCGUGUAUUAUUAGUCUUUGAGGCCAAGAUCCCAACCAGCCUCCAUCGAAAGUGGGUGGGCCUCAAUUUGCAAUUCUUACUUGUUUUCCUCUGUAUUCUAGUGCAAAUAGUUACUUGUGUUAUCUGGCUUUACACAGCACCCCCUUCAAGCUACAGAAACCAUGAACUAGAAGAUGAAAUCAUUUUUAUUACGUGUGAUGAAGGUUCAUUAAUGGCACUUGGUUUCCUCAUUGGUUACACAUGCCUCCUUGCUGCCAUUUGCUUCUUUUUUGCCUUUAAGUCUCGCAAACUCCCAGAGAAUUUCAAUGAGGCCAAAUUUAUUACCUUCAGUAUGCUCAUAUUUUUCAUAGUCUGGAUCUCAUUUAUUCCUGCUUAUGUCAGCACUUAUGGGAAAUUUGUUUCAGCUGUAGAAGUCAUUGCUAUUCUUGCAUCAAGUUUUGGGUUACUUGGAUGCAUUUAUUUUAACAAAUGCUAUAUAAUUUUGUUUAAACCAUCAAGAAAUACAAUUGAAGAAGUGAGAUGUAGUACGGCUGCCCAUGCUUUUAAAGUGGCAGCAAAGGCAACUUUGCGGCGUGGCACCUUGUCUCGUAAGAGGUCUAAUAGUAUUGGUGGUUCCACUGUCUCCUCUCCAACAUCUUCAAUCUGUAGCAGAAGCGCCCAUGAUGAGCAAAUAACCAUGGAGAUGCAGAGAUGCAGCAAGCAGAAGGUCAGUUUUGGAAGUGGAACUGUCACUUUAUCCCUGAGCUUUGAGGAAACUGGAAGGUACGCAACUGUUAGCAGGAGCAUGAGGAGGAGAAAUUCAAUGGAAGCCAAAUACAGCGAUGAUUUUUUGAUGAAGCAUAAUGUUUUGAUCCCUCUUCAGAAUUGUGAUACAGGAAAUGAUACACGGUGCAAGACGAUGGGAAACAAUGGAUCAGGAACUCUUGAGUCAUUGGAUGGUAGCAAAGAACAUGCCAAAAAUACUGAAGAUAUAUCCUCCAACACUUCAAUAAAUUCAAGAAACCUUGUUGAUGGCAUCAUUGUAGAUAAUGCUAUAAAUUCUUAACGAUGUAAUAUUUCAGAUU